UUCAUGGGAGCACGAUUCAAACUCUCUCACUUGGAGUAAGGAGACCAGCUUCAGCAGCCCUGGAGCCAGCGCGCUGCUCUCUUUGCGCCUCUUUUCUUGUUUAACAUAAACUGAAACAGAUGGAUUAAUGGUUGCUUAAAAUCACAUUUUGGCAGCGUUGGAAGGAGAAAAGCGUAAAGUUUCUCACUUUGGACUGAAGUUAGGUGCUGAUUUGACAACUUGAAGACAUUCUGCGUAAAGUCUUACCUGGGCAUUAUGAAGAGGUAUCCAGGCUUUUUUCACUCUUGGGAGAGGAUGCCGUCUUGCUGAUCUCGUGUAGUCUAGUCGCGGAUUUGUUUUUAUUUUUUUUUAUUUGCUCAUAUUUCAGUGGCUCUCGAUAAAACUGUAACGCGAUCUUUCCACUUUUACGCGGUAGUUUCAAAACUUUGCAUACUCAAAAUGGACCGUGCAGGAUUUGCUGUUUUAAUGUUUCUGACUGUUGCACUGGUGCGAAUUGGUGACAGUCAAAGGGACACAGCAGGUGGGAGGAAAGAGGGUGCAGGGGCAGGCCGGGCGGUCUGGGACCAGCAGCAGUCCCGGGUGAAGAGUCAAGGUCACUCGCCAAGGGGACCAGUGGACGGUGCAUCCUCCAGACCAGCCGGUGAAACAUCUCCUGAGUCCAGCCGCUCUAGGAUUCUGGUCCGCCUGCCCAGGGGCACAUCAUCUCAAGGGGGUGGCAGGCACACAUCCACGGCAGGCGCCCCCCGGAAAGACCUCGUCUCUGCGCCGCGGGAUGGUGCGCUGCGCACCGCCAGACAAGCGGCCACCCAGCAGCACAGAACCAAAGUGAACCGCAGGCAGAGCAGCAAGCCCAGCUCUGCCAGCACAAGGAGACUUGUUGGGCCUAAUGUCUGUGGAGGUCAGCAGUGCUGCUCGGGCUGGGCUGUUGCACCAGGAACCAAUCGCUGCAUAAAACCUGACUGCCAGCCCCCCUGCCAGAACCGUGGCUCCUGCAGCCGACCACAUACCUGUGUGUGCCGUUCAGGCUUCCAGGGGCCCCGCUGUGAGGAGGUGGCUCCGGAGCAGGUGUACAUCCGCGACGGAGGUGGCCUGAGGCGCGUUCAACCCGGGAGCAACCCCUUCCAGAGAGACCAACCGCGAAGAAGGCCCUCAGAAAGGCAGGCCAUCGACACCACCAAAGUCCAGACCCCACGACCUGCGACCACCAGGCAGCCUGUGACCCAAGUGAGACGGGGACCCCCUGACUCCUCCCCUCAGCAGACUGGGACCUCCCGCACUGUGAAACGCUAUCCGUCAUCCUCUGGGCCUAUUACAUCCAACGCUCUACCCAGUGGCAACGGCUACGCCAACAGCCGCGGCGGUGAGCACAGGAACUGGCACGGACACAGAAACGGGCAUAGCAACGUGCACUCCUUUAACACUCACAGGCCUUCCAGCGACAGCCAGCUGCAUGGACAGUCCAACAAUGUAUUAUCACCAGCAGGGGCCAACCUCACCUCCAACCUGGAUCGCAUCAAGAUCGUCUUCACGCCCAUGCUGUGCCGCCGGGUGUGCAACGGUGGCCGUUGCUACAACAGCUGUGAGAAGGGAGACAUCACAACUGUCUACAGCGAGACCUCGCAACACCAGCAGCAGCAGCCAAAGAACCAGGGCUUCCGACUCUUCUUCUGUCAGAUACCCUGUCUUAACGGAGGCCGAUGCAUUGGCAGGGACCUGUGCUGGUGUCCGUCAAACUCAACAGGGAAGUUUUGCCACCUGCCAGUCCCGUCUCCAGCCAGACCCACCCAUCAGAGCCACAAGGACGCCAGCCACCAUGGACCAAAGUCUCCCUCCCACACAAUGUACACGCUACCACUGUCCAAUCAGCAAGUGUCUCUCCACCCAUCCUUGGUCAACGUCCACAUUCAGCACCCUCCAGAGGCCGAAGUCCACAUCCACCAAGUAGCUCGGGUCCAGCCUGGGCAGAGGCCAGUUACCACAGAGGGAGCUCACUCUGUGCAGCAACGCUCCCAGCCUGGGAAUGGACAUGAGCCCACCAAUGAGCAUAGCAGCAGACACCCACACACGAACGUGAAUGUGAAUGGUCAUGGACAUGCCAGACCGCACAACCGUCAGAAUGGACAUGUGGGAAGAUGCUUUCAAGAAACGGUCGACGGUCAGUGUGGCAAGCCUCUGCCAGGCCUAACCAAACAGGAUGAUUGCUGUGGAAGUGUGGGUGCCUCCUGGGGUCUAAACAAGUGCCAAAAGUGUCCAACCAAACCAGCAUAUGCAGUGAUUGCAAACGGACAAGUGGAAUGUUCCAAAGGUUUUAAAAGGAUGAAUCUGACACACUGUCAAGACAUCAACGAGUGCCUGUUGCCUGGGAUCUGUAAGAAUGCUGAAUGUCUCAACACCAAAGGAAGCUACAGGUGCAUGUGUAAACCAGGCUUCAUGUUAGACCCUGAAAGCAAGCACUGUGUCUCGGACAAAGCUGUGUCCAACCAGAAGGGAUUCUGCUAUCGAUCACUAUCAGCAGGCACAUGCUCUCUACCGCUUGCUCAACAGAUCACCAAGCAGAUCUGCUGCUGCAGCCGGGUGGGCAAGGCCUGGGGAGCUGGGUGUGAUCGCUGUCCUUUACCAGGAUCAGAUCAUUUCAAGGAGAUCUGCCCAGCCGGUCACGGAUAUACCUACUCACUCUCUGAUGUACAGUUUUCUGUGAGACAUCUGGGUGAAGAUGAUCUACAGAGCACAGGUUUGUCAUGGGAGGAGCAGCCUCCAUCCUCCCACCCUUCACUGCUGCUGCCUAUCGGACCACAACACCCCAGCUACCCACAGACGCCACAAAUACCCCAAUACCCUGUGUACCCUGAGACACCACAUGUACCACAACAUCCCGAGUACCCUGAGACGCCACCACCCGGGCACCCUCUGACUCCACAGCAGCCUCACCAUCCGUCUCAGCCAGACAGAGAGACACCAAAACAGCCAGAAGAUGUGGAAAUUCUGAGCCCGCCAGCUGUUGUGACUGACUCACCUCAGAAAUAUCCAGAGACUUCUCCAGACUCCUCCAUCAUCGACCUGACGCCAGAUUUAACCCACACGCACUCAGCCACAGGUAUUGACAAGUGUGCCACCACCCCCACCAUAUGUGGCCACGGGAAAUGUAUUCCUGUGCAGACUGGCUACACCUGCCAGUGCGAGCCAGGAUUCAAGCUCAGUGCACUGCAGACCAACUGCAUCGACGUGAAUGAGUGUGACGAGGACCCAUGCGAAGGGAAGGGCCGCUGUAUAAACAACUAUGGCUCCUAUUCCUGUCACUGCUACAGCGGCUACAGCCAGGUGAUCACCCAGAACAGGAAGUUCUGUCAAGACAUUAAUGAGUGCAGCAUGCCCCACAAGUGCCAGAAUGGUAAAUGCGUCAACACAGAAGGAUCUUACACCUGUGAAUGCAACGGUGGCUACGCCAAGUCUUGGAGAGACCUAUGCGAAGAUGUAGAUGAGUGCAGAGAUCCCAGCUCCUGUCCCAACGGUGUCUGCGUCAACACUCUUGGCUCCUUCCAGUGCCAGGGUUGUGGCCCAGGUUUUAGGCCUGCCGAUGACAGAUGUGUGGAUGUGAACGAGUGCUUGAACCAAACAGUGUGCGGCCGUGGUAGGUGUGUCAACACCGAGGGCUCCUAUUGGUGCAACUGUUUCCAAGGAUACAAACUCUCACUGGACAAUGUCUGCCAAGAUGUGGAUGAGUGCGUGCUCCCUGGAGUCUGUCUCCAUGGCCGCUGUGUCAAUCUGGACGGCACUCAUAAAUGCACCUGUAACCAUGGUUACCAAGUCACCUCAGACAGCAAAGACUGCGAAGAUGUCAACGAGUGUGAAACUGGUAAUGUGUGCCCCGUGGGAAUUUGCAUCAACACCGCAGGUUCCUACACUUGUCAGAACUGCAGGCCUGGGUUUGGACCGUCUGCUGAUGGACUGAGAUGUGAAGAUGUGAAUGAGUGUUCCCAGGGUGACCUCUGUCUUGGUGGGGUGUGUGCCAACACGGAGGGAUCCUACACCUGUACCAGAUGUAAGGCUGGCUACAGAGUGUCCCAGGACCGGCAGAGGUGUGAAGAUAUUGACGAAUGCCAGUCCCCGUCUACCUGUGCCAACGGGAUCUGUCUAAACUCGGAAGGCUCUUACACCUGUGAGAACUGCCCUACAGGAUACAGAGUUUCAUAUGACGGGGAGCUCUGUGACGAUAUCGAUGAGUGUGCACUGCCCACUACAUGCCCUCAGGGAACAUGUACAAACACACCGGGUUCCUACACAUGUAUCAUCUGUCAACCUGGUUUCAGAGUGUCUGAGGAUGGACAACAGUGCGAUGAUGUGGAUGAGUGCUUGUUGGCGAACAUGUGCCCGGGCCAGCUAUGCUUGAACACCCCAGGAUCCUACACCUGCAGGAGCUGUGGAGUCGGCCUGCAACUGUCGGAGGAUGGUUACGGCUGUGAGGAUAUCGACGAGUGCCAGACCCCAGGUGUGUGCCCCACGGGUGUUUGCACCAACACAGAGGGCUCCUUCACCUGCAUGGCCUGUGACCCAGGCUUCACAGUGGCACCCAACGGCCUCUCAUGUGACGAUGUGAAUGAAUGUGAGGACAACAGCCUGUGCCUGGGAGGCAAAUGCACCAACAACAUUGGUUCCUAUAGCUGCUCCUGCCCCGCUGGGUUGGAGCUGGUGGAUGGGAUUUGCAGAGAUAUCAAUGAAUGUUUAACCAUGGGGAUCUGUGAAGAAGGAAACUGUCUGAACACCGAGGGCUCCUACACAUGCAUCUGUCCUAAGGGAUAUACCACCAUUGAUGGAAGGCCUGGCUGCCAAGAUGUGGAUGAAUGCAGUAAAGAUAAUGUUUGCAUCCGGGGCCGCUGUGCCAACACCGAUGGCUCUUUCUUGUGCUUGUGUGAGGUUGGCUUCAAGUACAACGCUGACACAGCUGACUGUGAAGACCAGAAUGAGUGCAAGGACUUUGGAAGCUCAGUGUGUGGUACCUGGCGCUGCGAGAACACCAUCGGCUCCUACCGGUGCUUCAUGGGCUGCCAGCCUGGCCUCGAGGGAGAAGACGCCACAGACUGUGAUAUUGAUGAGUGUGUCAAUGAAACCAUCUGUGGGAAUCACGGCUUCUGCGAGAACACAGACGGCUCCUUCCGCUGCCAGUGUGACCAAGGCUACAACAACCCGCCAGGAGAUAUGAGCAAAUGUGUCGAUGUGAACGAGUGCGAGAUGAGCCAGGCGCUGUGCGGGGAGGCCCUGUGUGAGAACUUCGAUGGCAGCUUCCUGUGCAUCUGCCCCAACGACAAUGAGGAAUUUGAUCCCAUCACCAGCCAUUGCCGCUCCCUGGCUGAUAUUACCCCUGAACCGGCUCCUGGAGUCCCUCCAUUCUCUUCAUCAGCUGAGGAGAGGAAAGAGUGUUACUAUAACUUAAAUGAUGCCAACUUCUGCGACAACGUCUUGUCCCGAAACGUGACCAAACAGGAGUGCUGCUGCACGGUGGGGGCAGGCUGGGGGGACAACUGCGAGAUUCACGCCUGUCCUGUCCCAGGAAGAGAUGAUUAUAACCAGUUGUGCCCUCAUGGCAGUGGAUUAUUGUCCCUGCCUGUUUCCUCUAUACCAGGUCUGGGAGAACAGCGUCCUUACAUAGAUGCAAACGAGUGUGAGAUGUUUGGUGCAGACAUUUGUAAGAACGGACAGUGUUCAAAUCUCUUUUCUUCCUAUACCUGCUACUGUCGCAGUGGCUUCUACUAUGACAACAUCCGGCUUGAGUGUGUGGAUUACGACGAGUGUGGAUUUGGAAAUGCCUGUGAGAAUGGAGAGUGUGUGAACACGGCCGGGUCUUUCAACUGUUUCUGCAGUCCUCCAUUAGUCCUGGACAGCACACGGCGGCGAUGCAUCAGCCUUAACACCACAGAAGAAUCUCCAGAGCCUGAUCACGAUGUUCACAUGGAUAUCUGCUGGCAGCGUCUGGAGGGGGACAACAUGUGCUCUGGACCCCUCCAGGGACGCGUAACUACAUACACUGAAUGCUGCUGCCUGUUCGGCAUCGCCUGGAGCGAACAGUGUGCCUUCUGUCCAAGGAGAGACUCUGAGGACUACGCAGUAAUGUGCAACCUGGCUCGGAGAGGAGGUUCAGACAGUUUGCGAGAGCGGCCAGGAUAUGAGUACGGUCUUGAGGGGCCAGAAGAUCCUGUGGGGCCUUUUGUUCCACCAUACUUUGACACUUAUGGCAACCCUGCAGGACCCUAUGACAUUCCUGAGAGUGUUCCUUUAUUCAACGACAAUGACUACAGCGUUCAACACCCACGUGUCCGUGUCCCCAUACAACGUCCGCAGGAGCGCCAGCCACAACCAGUGUCUCCUUAUUCUGAGCGCUACGAAGGCUUUGAGGGCCUCCGAGCAGAAGAAUGUGGAAUCCUGAACGGCUGUGAAAAUGGACGCUGUGUCCGUGUGCGUGAAGGUUACACCUGCGACUGCUUCGACGGUUAUGAAUUUGACCUAAACAAGAUGGCCUGCAUAGACAUAAACGAGUGUGAGGACAUCAGCGACAAGGUGCCCUUGUGUCAGAAUGGGCAGUGCACCAACACAGAGGGAUCGUACAAGUGCACCUGUUUGCCGGGCUUCGUGGCCUCUGCCAAGCCACACCAAUGUAUCCCAGCGAUUCCAGAGUCCGAGCUCGGAGAAACAGAAAACUGAGACAGUGACUGUUGGAGCACUGGCUUUUCCUGCUCCCUCAAAGAUCACCUUACACCCAUCUGCCCUUUUCCCCAGGGGCCCGGCACUAAACCUCCAACAGUAACGCUGAGACGUCCAAACUCGUUUCACCACACGCACACACACACACAUACAUACAAAAGCACACACACUUGCAUUCAGCAUAGAACACAUUCAGAUCCCCCUCAUACACACUCAAGAGGACCUGGAAAUGUGCAGUGAAUGUAUUACAUGGUUUUUAGUAUUCACCAGAUAUCCAUUUGCCUUAAAGGGAUUUUGUGGACUGAUUUUUCUUAUUCAAUAACCCCAGGCAAUUUGAUAUGCAGAUAUAUUUUCCACAUUAUUUUCUCUGUCACUUUUUUUUGUGUUAUUUAUUUCAUUUACAUGACGGGCCUCUGCAAACUAAGAAAGCAACCUAUUUCAGAGGGCGCACUCAAUUCCUCUUGUUUUAUUUGUCUCAGCAAUUGACCUCAGAGACAGCAUGGGGCGAUAAUAAAUGUCUUUUGUAAAAGGAAGGAAUGUCAUAAGAAAUCGGCCACUCAUAAAUCAUCUUGUGCUUCACUGUCAAACCCUCCCACCAAUAUUAUCUCUCCCAGUCAUUGUAAUUAGCACUGACCUUGGACUAGAUGGAUGCCAGCGGCUGACGAACCAUUAGAAAUUCAAACUUUUCUGUUCUUCAAGAUUAACUGCGAGCUGAAGAAUCUCUGGAUCAAGAACUGCGAAGUCAACACAGCCAAACUUAUACAUUAAAAACUUCAGCCUUUACAUGGACCUGGAAAGACUGUAGAUGUAUAUGAUGAUCUAUGUAAUGUUUUGAAAAAAGGUGCAAUAGGUAUUACCUGCCUUCUUCUGUUUGACACCAUUUUUUACAAUCUUUAUCCCAGCAAUGAAGUAGGACAAUAUGGACCUGCUGAUCCCAAUUCUUUUUUUUUCUUUUUAACAGUAUUAACUUGUUUUAUACUUAUACUGUAAAAACAAACAAACAUAUGUACCAUGACUUAUCGAAGUUUGAUUCUAGGUGAAUUAAUUGACAUUUUCCACAAGUAUCACUGCUUAAAGUGACCAGGCAAAAGGAUUUUUACACUGCAAUGCAAUUGGUUUCCAGAUCUCACAUUCCCAUGUGUGCAUCUCUGAAUGCAUGUAAAAGACAAAGGCUUCGUUGGAGAGGUUUGGUAUAUUUUGUACAGAUCUAGUACUAUGUAUUAUUUUUGUUACAUAUUCUCUUAAUGCAUUAUAGCACAACCAAUAUUUUGUUUGACAUAAAGCAUAAAAUGUAAGAAAAAAUCUGGCAUUAUAGCUUUGUAGAUUUAUACGUGUCUGUAAAAAUGUUUUUUAAAGCAUAUCUUUUAAUGUAUGAGGAGAGUGGCUGACACUGUACCAGAGGAACUGUGUGUAUACCCUGCCCUGUGGAGCAGACAAUGAAAUAUAUUUUUUGGAAGUGGCAGCACUGUUCUAAUCGCAGACAUUUUGUCUCUUCAAGUUCAUUACAAAGACAAUGCUUUUGAAAUGCAAGCACCAACUUCUGUGCAUCACGACUUUAUGGCUAAAUAUUAGUAAUGAACAUUAUUUCUUUUAGUCUCUGUUGGAUCAUUAUGUCAUGAAUGUAUCACAGACAGUAUCAGUCUACACAUUUGGUUUCUGUACGCCCAAUCAUACCCUUUUGUUUUUUAUAUUCAGGUGUAAAAAAAAUAAUCACUCAGCAGCUCAAAAACAUUAAAGUCUAAUUCUAACUUUAGAUGAUGACAAAAGUUGAUGACCACUCUCAUGCAUUCAUAACUUAUGAACCUAAAGUCUUACAAAUGUUUCCACUUGAUGUCCACUGUACGUUACUGUGCUGUUCAAAUCAUCGCAUGAACCGGAUCGGGCGUGUAACAUUUAGGUCAAAGUUGGAGUAUUUAAAGCCUUUCAAAACCGCAAAUAACUUGAGAUUUAAAUGUCCUGUUGUAAAGUUGUGGUCAUUGGAAAUAUCAUGCUCAUUCAUUUUUGUUUACCUCUUGACUGUAAUCACUAUCAGUCAUCAAAAUAAAAACCUAAAAAAUA